AUGAGUACCCACAGCACCACAGAUGCAGCCUGGUCACGAUACAGGCAACCAGCAUACAUCAGGGAUUUGCCCCAGGAAGUGAGGUACCAAAUCCUCAACUACAGCCUCUACACAUCCAUCGGAAAGGCCCAUGGAAUCAUCGAUGGUACUUGGUUGAGUUCAAUGCUAGGUGACCCGUACUUUUCGAAGGACGCACUCGACGAAUUUCGACUUGAACAUAUGCGGAAUCCUGGCCUACAGGUCCUUUUUAAAAAUGUCGAAGACCUGGCUCGUUUGGCGUCCGUGGUAGAGAGCUGCUACGGCGAGGAUCCAGUGCCCGUUUGUCUUCGGAACAUAAUCCUCGAUCUUUCAGCCUGCUACUCUGAGCUUCGCUCGCCUCAAAGCGAGCAUAUCAGCCACACUCUGAGGACUCUCCUGACCGUGCUGCCAAGUCUCAACAGGCCUAUCAUUCGGGUACACCUGCGAUUCUUGGAUUAUCUAGCAACGGCUGCGUUCGAGGAUUUCCUGUACUAUCGCAUCUAUGAGAAGAAUGCUCUGCCCUCGCUAGAGAGCCUGGAGUUCGAGAUCACUGCUGGACAGUUGAACCUUGCGGCGGAGCAGCAUGAUCAUGGUCCCAGAAAGCAUCACACACAUCACUGGGCCAGGAUCACCCGCUUCCCUGAUGCACAUGGUCGCUUCAUCCAGGACGCUGUCUGCGAGACAUCAUCUGCAAAGUACCAGAGCAGGAAGAGGCACUACCGUGUACGCUUGCGCAAGAUGCACCAUCCCGGUUGA